CGGCGUCCUCAACGAAGAGUGCUGGUGGAAAGAAGAUAGAAACUAGUAGCCAUGACUACCUGGACCACGACGAAGCAACGGCUAGUACUUCUGCUUCCUUCUCUUCCCUCGUGGAGAAAACCGGCACAUUUAGUCUCCACUUUUCCCAGAGUAUCGCACCCGGCAUGUUGCUGCCUGCCUACCCUCUCCUACUUGCCUUAGUGAAGAUCGGAC